AUGGCAGACAUUGAAAACAAAGAACAGUCUGAACUUGAUCAAGAUUUGGAUGAUGUUGAAGAAGUAGAAGAAGAAGAAACUGGUGAAGAAACAAAAAUCAAAGCGCGUCAGCUGACUGUUCAGAUGAUGCAAAAUCCUCAGAUUCUUGCAGCCCUCCAAGAAAGACUUGAUGGUCUGGUAGAAACACCAACAGGAUACAUUGAAAGCUUGCCUAAGGUAGUUAAAAGACGAGUGAAUGCUCUCAAAAACCUUCAAGUUAAAUGUGCACAGAUAGAAGCCAAGUUCUAUGAGGAAGUUCAUGAUCUUGAAAGAAAGUAUGCUGUUCUCUAUCAACCUUUAUUUGAUAAGCGAUUUGAGAUCAUUAAUGCAAUUUAUGAACCUACGGAAGAAGAAUGUGAAUGGAAACCAGAUGAGGAAGAUGACAUUUCGGAGGAGAUGAAAGAAAAGGUCAAAAUUGAAGAUGAGAAAAAGGAUGAAGAAAAACAAGACCCCAAAGGAAUUCCUGAAUUUUGGUUGACUGUUUUUAAGAACGUUGACUUGCUCAGUGAUAUGGUUCAGGAACAUGAUGAACCUAUUCUAAAACACUUGAAAGAUAUUAAAGUGAAGUUCUCAGAUGCUGGCCAGCCUAUGAGUUUUGUUUUAGAAUUUCACUUUGAACCCAAUGAAUAUUUCACAAAUGAAGUGUUGACAAAGACAUACAGAAUGAGAUCAGAACCAGAUGAUUCUGAUCCCUUUUCUUUUGAUGGACCAGAAAUUAUGGGUUGUACAGGGUGCCAGAUAGAUUGGAAAAAAGGAAAGAAUGUCACUUUGAAAACCAUUAAAAAGAAACAGAAACACAAGGGACGUGGGACAGUUCGUACUGUGACCAAAACAGUUUCUAAUGACUCGUUCUUUAAUUUUUUUGCCCCUCCUGAAGUUCCUGAGAGUGGAGAUCUGGAUGAUGACUCUGAAGCUAUUCUUGCUGCAGACUUUGAAAUUGGUCACUUUUUACGUGAGCGUAUAAUUCCAAGAUCAGUGUUGUACUUUACUGGAGAAGCUAUUGAAGAUGAUGAUGAUGAUUAUGAUGAAGAAGGUGAAGAAGCGGAUGAGGAAGGGGAAGAAGAAGACGAGGAAAAUGAUCCAGACUAUGACUCAAAGAAGGAUCAAAACCCAGCAGAGUGCAAGCAGCAGUGA